AUGAAGUACUACCAAUUCGGUACUCUUCCUCAACUCAGUAAAACGUCAAACCCUCCAAACCCUCCAAACCCUCCAAACCCUCCAAACCCUCCAAUAAAAUCUACAACCCUUCAAACAACUCCUCCAACAAAUCCUCCUAAAGCUCCCCCAACAAAUCCUCCAAACAAAUCAAAAACAACAUCAACUACUGCUACAAAUUAUUUUUCACAAGACCAACUGGAAGAAUUUACCUAUAAAAGAUUAGUAGAGAUUUGUAAAUCAAAUGAUAUUAAAGUCAAAGGUAAAAAAACUGAUUUGGUUCAGUUGAUUAUCAACAAUAAUAACAACAACACUACAAAGGCAACUAAAAAGGCAAAGGGUGGAAGAAAAAAACCAACACUGCCAUUAACCAUGCACGAUUCAAGAGCUUGCAUAUCAAAGUCUCUUUCUGAAUACUUUGAAAAAGCAGUAGAGAAUGGUUAUAUGGACAUAGUUUUGGCAAUGGCAGGUGUCGGUAAAUCAAUAAAACUAUCAGACUUGCAUAAAAGGGCCAGGAAGUUGGUCAAACGAAUCACCAAGAAAACUAGAGUCAUUAGAAUUAUGGAUGGCCAUGGCAGAAUGGUAUUUCUCAUUUUCAAAUAUAUCAUCGAGAUAUAUGGAAAGGAGAGACUCAACGAAUUGGAGUUUGAGUUGGUUGACAUUGUUCCAGAGGUGACUGAAUAUCACAAGUGGAUUGUCAACAGAGGGGCAAAAGCUAAAAAGUAUGAAUGCCAGCUUAGAGCCAGCUUGAAAGAUAACCCGACUAUGAAACUGUGUCGUAUCGAAACUGGCAGAAAAGAUUUUAGAUCUUUCAUCUUACAGAAGAGAACUGGAUCCAACUAG